AUGUCAAAAUCGGUAAAUGAUGGAAUUAGUGUAAAAGGGUCUUUGAGAUUGAAAGCAAAAUCGAUCAAUUCAAGCGAAAUGCCUAUGUCUCCAUCCGGUUGUUAUUCAAUGCCGAAUUCAUUUGAGAAGUUCUCUAAUGGGGUUAAGAAGCAAUCGAGUAUCAAUGGAGUAAAUAAGACAAUGGGUAAGUUGAAUUUGGGAGGAAAAGUGAGUCAAAGUGUGAAGAAGAAAUAUGGGAUUCAAGGUAUUGAUUUGGGACAUAAGGCUCUUAGGAAGAGCUGGAAGGGUAGUAUGGAGGCAAGGAUUCCAAAACUUAAUAUCAUCAAAAAAACUUCAAAGCCUGAAUCUCGGAUUACUUUUACUUCAAGAAAAUCGACAAGUGAAAUGACACAAUCGAAGGAGGAGGAUAAUAAAGUGAAGUUGUUUGUAAAGUCAUCUAAAGAAGAAAGUAAGAAUGAAACACAAGUGAAGAAAAUUGCUAUGAUUAAAGAAAAAUCAUCAAAUGGGAGGAAAUCAUUAGCAAAAGCUUCAUGUAAGGGAUUAUCAGGAAACAUGAUGAAGAUUGUCAUGAUAAUUAGAACUCAUGCCAUGAUUUCACAGGAAGUGCUGAAGCAUAGAGAUGCUGCACAAAUUGCUGCCAUGGAAGCUAUGCAAGAAGCUUCAGCUGCUGAAAGCAUACUCAAUAUUUUGCUUCUAAUUUACACGAGGACUUAUUCUGAGCUCUGUUCUUCCGCAAAAGAAGACAACCCACAACCCACUAUUGACCAGUUUUUGUCCAUGAAUGCUACCUUAAAUAACAUUCAUCAAAUUACCAAAUCUUUAACAAAAAUCAUAAACCCUAAUUCAUCAUCAAAUCCCGAAGAAAACCCAUCAGAAGAACUCAUAAAACUCACAUCUGAUCGACAAAAAAAAGCAAAUCUUUGGGUACACUCUGCCUUAAUCACAAACUUAUCAUCUUUCACAGUGUACACCAAACAACCACCAUUUUCUAGCCGCCGGUCAACCCUACCACUCGAUGGCUCCACCAAGACCCCACCACCAAAGCCACGUAGGACUGUGGUUGACCAAAACUCCCGGGCCCCACCUUCAAAAUGGGAAAAGGGGUCUGGUCUUUAUGAGACGAUAAACUUGGCAGAAAUGUUGAAAAUGGAGUCGGGUGAUUGGUUUUGGGGUUUGUUGAAAGAUUCUUGGAUGCUGAUGUGGACAUGGUAUCGGAUAAUGGUAGAAUCGCGGGGAUGCUGACUCAGCUCAAGAGUGUGAGUGAGUGGUUGGAUAAGAUUGAGACGAGUAAAAGAUGAAGGGGAGAGAAUUGAUCGGAUAAGAAAGAAGAUUUAUGAUCAUCUUCUUACACAUGUGGAAUCUGCUGCGGUUGCACUUGGUGGAGCCUCAAUAACAUCACAAAGUGAAAGAAAAGCUAAAAUGUAAAAAAAAGAUUUCAUUUUUUUUUGUAUAUACAAGAACCAUAAGGGUGUUGUGGUAUAGACGUAUAGGUGUGGAGUUUUCGUGUAAUUAGUUAUAAAGAAAGUUCAAGUUUUGGGUUUGCAUAGUUGUGGAACGCAAUUAUUGAAAGUAUAUAUAGAAGAUGUCAUGUGUGUGUCUUUUAGCGUUUUAGGAUAUGAGAAUUAAUAAGUGAGGCGAGGUCCAAGGUCGGAGACCGUGUGUCACCUUCUUUGUUCUGUUCUAGGUGGAGUUUACCUACGGGUUAAAUGCAAGAAACAAGAAUGUACUCUUAUUGAUUAGUUUAUUAUAUUGUCAUACUUUCA